AUGUCUUCGACUCUUCAAGAUAGUUCCCAUGAAUCAGAUAAUGGUGUGGUGGUAAAGGAUUCAGGCGAUGACUCUGAUACAAGUACUGAUGAAACUGGGAGUGAUAGUGAUGAUGAGCCACCUGGACGUCGAGCAAAACGUCAACCGCAAGUUGAACAAUCACCAGUUCAAAUAUUUACAGCACAAUCUAAACAUCAAUGGGCGACCUAUCUUUCGUGCAAAUAUGAGGAAGAAUUGUUUCAAAAUACAGCACAUCCUUUGAAUGAUAACUAUUUUACCAGUGCAGAGUUGGCAGAGAAUCUUCUAGGUGUUCAAACAACUCUUGUAGGAACUAUUCGACAAAAUAAAAAGGAAAUUCCACGAGAGCUGCAACCGAAUGCUCAACGUCCUGAACAAUCAUCGAUAUUUUGUUUUGAUCGAUAG